AACUAUUGAAGUCACGCUCGCCGGCAGAAAUUCCUAUGACGGGGUUCUAAUCGUUACGCACUCGGCCACAAUGAUUACCAAGCCAAGAUCUUCACCGCGAAACUCUCCUCUUGCUUUUCUAAUUCUCCUCCUUACAUUAUCCAUUUUCUUUUGUUCAUCUCAAGUACUCGCCAAGUCUCGUCGUGCAAUCACUGACGCUGAAACUAGGCAGAAGAAGCUUCAGUGCUACGCUGAUAUUGACAGUGGUCUGUGGGGUUGGCAAUGCAAAUCUUCGAUGACAUCAAGGGAGAAUUGUGCUUUACGAUGCCUUUCUCCGGCUUGCUAUGAGCUGAUCUAUGAGAGUGAUCCGCUUGAAGAAGGAGAGAAGGAUUUAACUCGGAGCCAAGAGUUCAAAUACUGCAUGCACAAAAUGUCCUUGGGUGAGAGCCUUGAGGGUGUCAGGGGUGCUUUUGGUCAGUGAUUUGGGCAAAAAUUAUGUAUUAAGGAAGAAGAGACGCGCAUGCAUGCAGAAAGUGCUUUUUUCGUUUCUCUACUCUACAUCAGGUUAUAGUCUUGUCCUGUAAAUUUGUUACAUUUUACUUGGCACUUUAUCUUUCAUAUGUCAUAAAAAUCUUCUUCCCCUAAUUUCAUUAGUUGGAUUAGAUAAAUAUAUUUAGUUGGAUCUGACUUGGAUUAUCUUUAGUCAUCUCUUGCCAAACUAGAGCUAUUGUUGUAUGUCAUUGAUGCAUUCUUUACAUACACUUUCUUCAAUGUCAUUAUAACCAAAUUGGAGCUGAAAAGCAGGAGAGGGGUGCAGGACUAUAUUAUACUGCAUCAUUUGUGAA